GACUUUAGGAGGGGCUCUUCCGUCAAGCUGGUCGCUGUUCGUGGUGCUGAAACGACGCCUGGGCUCUGUGGUGCCUGAGCGAAUUGUACCACCUCUCUCUCUCGGUUCUUCCCUCUUCCAUCACUUUAAUCUCCUGACCUGAGCAGCCGAUCUCCCCGAGGCUGAGGCUGAAAACAUGCAGUUCUAGCGAAGGUGUGCGGAAUGGAUUAGUGUUGAAAACGCGAGCGGUUAUGGAUUCUCCGUGGUGUCCGGUCCUCAUCGCUGCGCUGGCCGUCUGCCUCUGCUUCUCACCUGCCUUCUGUGAUAGAAAAUUUGGUUGUCUGUUUGAAGACGAUCUCUGUGCACAGUAUGAGUUCUGCGUCAAUGAUGGCGUGUUUGGAAGGUGCCAGGAUUUGGCUGGGGCAGAACUGUACACAUACGAUAUUUCAUCCUCCGCUCUCCAGCGCCUCAGGAUCCUCCUACAGAACCUGGCUCACAGAGGAUUGACAUGGCAAGACGACAUUACUCAGCAGGUCAUCUCCAGAGAGCUCUCCAAACUGAAGAACAUCCCUCUACGCCAGCAGAGUCCACCUCCGAGCCAGCUGGCGGCUUACAGCAGCUCCAGAAACAGGAAACUGAGGCCCACACAAGCAGAGCUGAGCAGAAACCUUCAGCAAUAUCUCACAGGGUUGGGCUUUAUGCCUCAUGUUGACACAGAGCAACAACAAGGAGAUCUACCAGUAAUUCAGAGCGAAGAUUUCACACCUGAUGCUCUGAAAAAGCCCAUCAAGCCAAAACCAAAGCAGGGCUGGAAGGAGACCACCAUCUACAGCCUUCAGAAAGGAGCUGGCCAACCUCCAGUCACCAAAGUCAUUACCAAGAGUGGAGAUGGCAGACACCCCAAACUAAGUACGACAUAUGCGAGGCCUGAACCUGACAGGAGCAAGCUCCUUUCCAACCAUCUGCAGCAGCUUCUUCCAGGGGCAUCAGGCACUCAGCAGGGCGUUGCAGCUGGAGGGCCUGUAUGGCCAAAGGGGAAACUCCACUACCUGAACUACCUGCAGCCUGCACAGAACGAUCGUGCAGACCCACAGAUUGCUUUUGGCUCCAAUACUGCAAAGCCUAAUCUUGACAGACUGCUCUUCAAGGCUGGCUCAAAUUGGCUCCCUACCAAAAACCCUUAUAGUGUCAUGGAUGAUCAUCUCAUCCUCAAUGCAGUGAACCAGCUGGGGAGGCACAGUCUUAACAUGGAGGCUUUGAUGGGCAAAGACCUGGACCAACUUACUGAGAUCAUCACAGGAGCUCUGCAGGAGGCAGAUGAGGAGCGGCUUACUGAUGGGGCCAAGCCAGGACCCGGAGCUGGUAACUCCAGGGGGGAGAUGAGGGUUGACCAGGAGCCACUGGCAGGAAUGCUUCUGAAUCAAGACCAAGAUGUGAAAUCAAAUGAAGGCCCAGAUCUAAACCCAAACGAAACUCUGAAAUUAAAACAGCAAGGCCAACGAGUAGAUGGUGCAGACAAAGAGUCCACUGACAAGCACGGUGCCAUAUUUUCCAAGCUGCUAGACUACCUCAACAUGGAGCCCUUUGGUGGUGCUCCAGAGGUCAAGAGUGGGCCACCAGCUCCUCUCCAGAAAAUGGUUGGACUGGAGAGCGUCCACAGCAUAACGAAGCAGGGCCAAGUUCCUGCCCCCUACCGCUCAGAGGAGAAGAUCGUGACCAACCCGGCAAAAGACAGGUCCACCCUAAGGUUGCUUACCGGAGCAGAGGGGCCUGAUGCGAGGGUGGACUCUGAGAUCCAGAGGUGGAUGCAAGGGGACCAGCCCCCAGUGGGGGAUGUACAGCCAGAGGAGGCGCAGAAAAAUGACAUCAAGAUUAAAACUCAGCUGAUCCACGUGGGAGUGAAGGAGUUUUCCAGCAGAGGGAAAGACAGACAUUUUGGCUACAUCAUCACCAACUCAGACUCCAUCACCAAUGACCGAGCCUCGGACCUGAUGGAGCAGCUGACCCGGAGGCUGAACCUUCACGCUGCAGACCUCACGCAGCUCUCUGUCCUGGGUCCUGCACUGACGUUCAGGGUCGGCCCAAACCCUAAAAACGUGACCACUGCUGAUCUGGUUCAAGUUGCAGUUGAAGAGAAGCAGCAGCUGGAAAAGGAGAUGGGCCUGAAGAUAGUGGAGGCCGGAGUGAGUGAUAGGGGCAGCCUGACCCAGAUUCCCGUAGUGAAGGAGACCAGGGUGGAGUCUGGCCAGUUCCUGCUGCUCUCCGUUCUCUGCAUGCUUUUCAUCCUGGUGGCACUGGCCGUGUCCGCUACGUUCUUCUGCGUCCGCCAGCGCUCACACCUCCAUAUGAAGGAGAAGCUGGCAAGCCUGGGGACUGACACCAGCCAUGACGCCACCUCAGCUUAUCAGGAGCUGUGUCGCCAGCGCAUGGCGAUCAGGACGUCGGAACGCGUUGAGAGGCCCGAGACCCUGCGUCACUCACGCCUCAACAGCGUGUCUUCUCAAUUCAGCGACGGCCCAGUAGCCAGCCCGUCGACACGCAGCAGCACCUCCUCCUGGUGCGAGGAGCCAGUGCCGUCCAACAUGGACAUCUCGACAGGUCACAUGAUACUGUCGUACAUGGAGGACCACUUGAAGAACAAGAACCGUCUGGAGCGCGAGUGGGAGGCGCUGUGCUCCUACCAGGCCGAGCCCAGCGCCAGCAGCAUUGGCCAAAAUGAACAGAACUCCAAGAGGAACCGAGCUGACGCUGUGGUCGUAUAUGAUCAUUCCCGGAUCACCUUGAAAGCUGAAAAUAACCACAGCAACUCGGAUUACAUCAAUGCCAGUCCCAUAAUGGAUCACGACCCUCGCAAUCCAACUUACAUUGCCGCCCAGGGCCCACUUGCUUCCACUGUGGCGGACUUUUGGCAGAUGGUGUGGGAGAGUGGCUGCGUCGUCAUUGUCAUGCUGACCCCAUUGUCGGAAAACGGAGUGAAGCAGUGUCACCACUACUGGCCUGACGAAGGAUCAGACAUCUUCCACAUAUAUGAGGUCAAUUUGGUGUCUGAGCACAUCUGGUGCGAGGAUUUCCUGGUCCGAAGUUUCUACCUAAAAAACCUGCAGACCAAUGAGACGCGUACAGUCACCCAGUUCCACUUCCUGUCGUGGAUGGACCGCAGCAUCCCUAGCUCAGUCCGGACCCUGUUAGACUUCCGCAGAAAGGUUAACAAGUGCUACCGUGGCCGAUCUUGCCCGAUAAUUGUUCACUGCAGCGACGGAGCUGGCAGGAGUGGGACCUACAUGCUGAUUGACAUGGUCCUCAAUAGGAUGGCUAAAGGUGCUAAAGAGAUUGAUAUUGCCGCUACCCUGGAGCACUUGAGAGACCAGAGAGCGGGCAUGGUCCAGACAAAGGAGCAGUUUGAAUUUGCUCUGACGGCUGUGGCAGAGGAGGUGAAUGCCAUCUUGAAAGCGCUCCCUCAGUAAAGAGCUACACCUCGUCUCUUCCUUUUCUUUUUCUUCUCCUCCAUCUUGGAGCACCGGUCUUCUCUGCCCACCCAGCGCAGACAUCUCUCCCCUCCUGUCUCCUCUUCUAUCGCAACCUCCUCUACACCUUCAUACAAUACUGUAUACUAAUUAUUGUGCCGGUUCUGUUCAUAUUCAUGAAUUCCAGAGUUGGAACAUUGAUCUGAUGGACGUUGUAGUAAUUGAGGAAAAUGGAGGCAGGAUACUCGGAUCAGCGUUCCUACUGUUUUCUGAAUAUGAACCCAUGGUUCUCUAUGCUGUGGUGUUGUUCCUGAACAUACUGUUGCAGUGACAUGUAACGUCAUGUGAAGAUUACUAACUGAGCUGUCACCCGUUAAAAAAGUACUCUAGGACUGCGGCUUUUGUUAUUUUUGUCUCAGUUAAAAUUUUGUGUGUGAAAUCCUAAAAGAAAAAUGGUGGUAGAGGCUGCGUUAAUUUAUUUCUUUGUGUGGCUGACAGUACUAAAUAUUCUAAUAUUCCAAAAUCUGCUGCUGUGGAAAUGUAUUUGAUAUUACAACCCAAAUUUUAACAUGUUUUAUUGGAAUUUAAUAUGACAGACCAACACAAAGUGGUGCAUAAUUGUGAAAAAGAAACAUGAUUUUUCUAAAUGUUUUACAAAAAAGAUUUUCUAAUUUGUGGUGUGUAAUUGCAUGCGUCCACCACCACAGCAUUUUGCAUGUGUGCCAGAAAGCUAAAUGUCUUUCUUAGCUAAUCACCACUGCUUCUUCCAUGUGUUUGCUGCAUCAUAAAAGCCAGAUUUGUGUCGUGCACAACUAAUAAUAGUAGAAUUUCCCACCUGAGCUGUGGAUCGCUGCAGCUCAUCCAGAAUUACUGUGGGACUCCUGGCUACUGCUCUGAUUAAUGCUCUCGUUGUCUGCCCUAUGAAUUUAGGUUGACAGCCAUGUCAGGUAGGUUUUCAGUUGAGCCAUUCUCCUAUCAUUUCCAGAUGAUGGAGUAAAGUGCAGUCUGUCAGACAUUUAAAGCUUGGGAUA